UGCUCAUUAAACAAAAACAAUUGCUACACUGCACACCGAAAAAAUCGAAAUCGUGAAAAUGUCCAGCUACCCGCUCAUCUUUUGUACAGUUAGUGGCAUUAUCAUUCGACUUGCCUUAUUCCGGACCUCUCUCCCUGAUUGGAUUUCAUUGCAACCAGAGGUUUCCACACCAUUAUCAUCAUGGGAGCGAGCGAUGGAAGGAAUUGCUUUAAAGGAGUAUAUGAUAUCACCUUAUGCUGGGGAUUUAUUUCAUGAGACCCCACUAGUUCUAAGAAUACUUGGUUUCAUGACUUCAUUUUCUGACAAUACAAUCUUACUGAUGUUUGUUGGACUUGAUGCUUUAUGUUUAAUCUUGAUGGUAAAAAUAGCAAAUCUGUAUGGUGGAUAUUUGCUGAAGAAACAAGCAAAAGAAGUGAAGAGAUAUGCUACAGACAGCGACACGUUGAUAAUUAAAACAGAUGACUUGAGGAUUAUACAGUUUUAUGUUAUUGUAGCAUUUUCAUUGAAUCCAUACAGUAUAGCUGCUUGUUUAGCUAAAUCUACAGCUGUUUUCAAUAAUCUGUCAAUCUUAUUCAUCUUCUAUUUCAUGCUUAAAGAAAAUGAAUAUCUCUGUUACCUAUUUAUUGCCAUGUCAGCUUACUUGUCAAUUUAUCCAAUCACACUCUGUGUACCAGCAGCCAUUUUCUUUAUGCAGAGUUCAAAGUUCAGAAAGAAUAAGACAUCAGACACUGAAAUGUCUUACACAGACAGCCCAGCUAUGUUUAGUUACUGCAGAUCAGUUGGUUUAUGUGUUGUCAUGGUAGCAGCUCUUAUUGUUUUUUCAGCAUUUCUUGAGGGAUCAUGGAGUUUUAUUUCAUCAACAUAUGGCUUUAUUUUAAUGGUUCCAGAUUUGACGCCUAACAUGGGAGUUUUCUGGUAUUUUUUCACAGAGAUGUUUGAACAUUUCAGAAUGUUCUUUAUAUGUGUGUUCCAGAUUAAUGUAGUCAUUUAUACAGUUCCAUUAUCAGUAAAACUAAAAGAACAUCCAGUAUUUCUUAUGUAUAUUCUAGUCAGUUUGAUUUGUAUAUUUAAAUCGUACCCAAGUUAUAGUGAUGUAGGACUCAUGUUAUCAUUGUUACCAUUAUGGAGAUAUGCUUUUGAAUAUAUGAGAAAUUCGUUUGUAGUAGCCUGCAUGUAUAUUUGUACAACAGUUUUUGGUCCUAUACUGUACCAUUUGUGGAUCUAUGCAGGAAGUGCUAAUGCUAACUUCUAUUUUGCAACAUCUCUAGCAUUUUCUACAGCUCAGAUCUUUUUGAUAACAGAUCUGUUAUAUGCGUAUUUACGAAGAGAGUUUGAUUUAGAAAAUGGAUUUAAACAUCUUAUUAGAGAAGAUGGAACGAAGAAACAAGUUAUACUUGACUGAAGAUGCUGCGAAGAUUGUUAUUGAUUAACUAGUUACGCAUGACAGAACACUGUGUAAAGAUUGUUAUUGACAAACUUAUUUAAUAUUCAUGACAGAAGAUUCUACAAAGUUUGUUAUUGAUACCCACCAAUGACAGAAUUAUGUGAUUUUUUCAUGUAGACAAUGAAUCAAUCCAGUCAUUGUCUUGUAGUUUGGACAUAAAAUGUUCAUAAUACUUGCUUACAAGUUGAAAAUUAUGACAAGUCCUUUUGAGAAGGCUGCUUGAGCAUUUUGAUUCUCAUUCUAUUAAGUUAUUUAGUUUAACUAUACAGGGGCGGAUCCAGCCAUUUUAAAAAGGGGGUGGGGGGUCCCAGAGUAAAGGGGGGGUUCCAACUAUAUGCAUUGAACGUUAAAAAAAGGGUGGGUUCGGACCCCCUCCCCCCUGGAUCCGCCAAUGCUAUAGUCAUGAAAGACAAUCAAUGAAACAAAGGAGAAAAAUGGUAUAAAAUAUGAAAUAUGCAUGAAGGCAAUAUGUAGUUGAAAAUAAGAAAAUAAAAUUGACAUUUGAUUCAUUUUAGUAUUGAAUGCUUCUUUUUGUAAAUUUAAUAUUCAUGACAGAAGAUUCUACAAAGUUUGUUAUUGAUACCCACCAAUGACAGAAUUAUGUGAUUUUUUCAUGUAGACAAUGAAUCAUUCCAGUCAUUGUCUUGUAGUUUGGACAUAAAAUGUUCAUAAUACUUGCUUACAAGUUGAAAAUUAUGACAAGUCCUUUUGAGAAGGCUGCUUGAGCAUUUUGAUUCUCAUUCUAUUAAGUUAUUUAGUUUAACUAUACAGGGGCGGAUCCAGCCAUUUUAAAAAGGGGGUGGGGGGUCCCAGAGUAAAGGGGGGGUUCCAACUAUAUGCAUUGAACGUUAAAAAAAGGGUGGGUUCGGACCCCCUCCCCCCAUGGAUCCGCCAAUGCUAUAGUCAUGAAAGACAAUCAAUGAAACAAAGGAGAAAAAUGGUAUAAAAUAUGAAAUAUGCAUGAAGGCAAUAUGUAGUUGAAAAUAAGAAAAUAAAAUUGACAUUUGAUUCAUUUUAGUAUUGAAUGCUUCUUUUUGUAAAUUCAUUGUGAUGUUAAACUGUUGACUGAAGUACAUUUGUGUGCAGGGUCAACAUUUUUACAAUCCUAUGGAAUUACUAAAUGAAGUAUUCAAUACUUAUAAUUACAUUUUAUGCCCCACCUACGAUAGUAGAAGGGCAUUAUGUUUUCUGGUCUGUGCCUCCGUUCGUCUGUCUGUGCGUCCUUUCGCUUCAGGUUAAAGUUUUUGGUCAAGGUAGUUUUUAAAGAAGUUGAAGUCCAAUCAACUUGAAACUUCGUACACAUGUUCCCAAUGAUAUGAUUUUUUUAAUUUUAAUGCCAAAUUAUAGUUUUGACCCCAAUUUUAUGGUCCACUGAACAUAGAAAAUGAUAGUGUGAAGUUCAGGUUAAAGUUUAUGGUCAAGGUAGUUUUUGAUGAAGUUAAAGUCCAAUCAACUUGAAACUUAGUACACAUGUUUCCUAUGAUAUGAUCUUUCUAAUUUUAAUUCAAAAUUAAAGUUUUGACCCCAAUUUCACGGUCUACUGAACAUAGAAAAUGAUAGUGCGAGUGGGGCAUUCGUGUACUAUGGACACAUUCUUGUUUUGCUAUGAUCAUAUUAACAUUAUAACUAUCAAGUUUUUCUUUGAUUAACUUGUGCACUUUAUUGUGGAAAAGUGUGUUGUCAUGAGUGUAACUAUUCAUUUUGAAAAAAAAUUAAUGUUAAUUUCAGAACGACAUGAGAUUGUUGUUGGUCAAUCAAAAUAAUGCAUUAUAAUGAAACAUACAACUACUAUAGUGUAAUUAUUAACUCCUGAAGUCUGCCAGAAACUUCUUUUACUGAAUUUUGUAUUUUCACGUCUAAUAUGUUUAAAUUUUAAACAUUAUCAAGGUCAAAAGAUAUGUCUUAGGACUGAAAAUAAUAGAAGCAACUUGCAUUUUAUAUAUGUGUUUUUUGCCUUUUUGAUCUGAUUUCUGUAGAACAAACUCUGUAUUUUUUUCAUUAUUUUAUAUAAAAGAGAUUUUUUUUGAUGAUUUUGAGACUCAUUGUCUGCACUUGAAAUUGUUUUGGCAAAGAAUAAAAUA